CUGAAAUGGGCACCGUUGAUCGACUCGCAAUACAUCUGAGAAAUCAGGAGAAUAUAUCCUCAAAUGUCUUUGCCAACCUAUCGCCACCAGCUGCACCCUACGAAGAUGCGCCCCUGUCCUCCUAUGACAUAUUGAUCACAUCGGUACUCGGCACAUUUUUGACUCUCAUGUUUUUAGUUGGCGUGAUCGGAAACGUUUACACCCUGGUCGUCAUGAACAUCUCAGUGCGAGUGACGGGAUCUAUGUACGUCUACAUUGUGAACUUGGCGCUCGCGGAUCUUCUGUACCUCUCCACCAUACCUUUCGUAGUUUGGACCUAUUUUGCGAAGGACUGGUACUUUGGCGACAUUGGGUGUCGUGUGCUAUUCAGCCUGGACUUUCUCACCAUGCAUGCCAGCAUCUUUAUUCUCACCGUCAUGAGCACGGAGAGAUAUCUGGCUGUGGUGAACCCGUUGGACACUUUCGGUCGCUCCAGGCGCUACCGGCGCGCGGUAACCUGUCUGGUUUGGCUCGUUUCUUUCGUGCUGGCUUUACCUGCUAUGAUCAUGAUCGAUUUGAAAAGAGGCGCGCACAACGGCGUGGAGAAACGCAUGUGCCAUCCGACCUGGCAGAUCAGGGCGUACAAGGUGUAUUUGACUGUACUGUUUAACACCUGUAUCCUAGCCCCUGGAUUUAUCAUUGGUUAUCUCUAUCUGAAGUUAGCCAAAACCUAUUGGGUAUCACAAACAUCUAUGUUCUCACCUAGAGAAAGGAACAAAUGUCCUAAGCAAAAGGUGUUAUAUAUGAUAUUUGGCAUAGUUCUCACCUAUUGGGCAUGCUUUUUACCCUUCUGGUUGUGGCAGUUACUCAGUAUCUAUUAUUUUGGGCAUGCUGGCCUGUCAGGCAGCACAGCGGUGUACAUAAACCUUGUUGUGACCUGUUUAGCAUACAGUAACAGUUGUAUCAACCCUUUCUUGUAUACUUUGUUGACAAGGAAUUAUCAGGAAUAUGUUAGAGACAGACAAAAGAGCAGCAUGGCGUUUAAGAAAAGAUUCAGGCAGUCUUCUCAAAGGUCCGUGUCGUCUGGAGUCACUAUACUUUGACAAAUACGCAGCACAAUGGCGUUUUAGAUUCUUACAGCAAACUUUGACAUUAAACUCGACGUCUCAUUCUAUUCUCCUCACUUGCGUAAUUCACGAGACGGAUGAGAAAAUAAAAUGAACAUAGACCUAACUAGUGCUUUUAAAUCAUUAUCACAAGCAUAAAUAUGAGUGUUAAAAUUUUGCACCAUGUCCUCUUUAUGUUGUGCUUUCAGAGAGAUGUUUCGU